UUGGGUGUUAUCCAUGUUCUCUGUAUUGUUUUUAUUUUGCUGCAUUUGUAGUGGGAAUUCUUUUAUUUCUUUCUUCCAGAGUUAUGUAUAAUGUUUUCAUUUAAAGCUGUCUUGAACUGCAUUGGCUUUGCUCAGUGCUGUACUUCGUGGUAGAGUGGUUAAAGGGGGAAAACAUGAUCAGGGCUUAGCGAUUUUUGUGGAGCUGAAGGCAUCGAUUUUCGAAGGACCUCCCCGUUUUUGAGAGUUAAAUUCUGUCUCAAUUUGCCAAUAAUUUCCUUUUCUCAUGCAUCUGUUCUCCAACGUUGUUUCGUUUCUCUGUUAUCGGUCCAUACUUGAUUUCGCUUAUUUUUUGGUGGCAAUGUAAUUUUUUCCUUCCGAAGUACAUCACCUUGGAGUUUGGUCAAUUCCAGACUAGUAGGACGUAGGUGAAAAUGAAGUCGGGUUAUUGUCGAUGAAGGACUAGUGUUCUGGAGUUGUUGAUUUAUCAGCUGUUUUGAAUUUUUCAGUGAAUAAUGUGUGGUUUGCUAAUUGCUUCAUGCAUGGCCGUGAAAUUGGAAUUAUCUGUGUGCUUCAACGUAUGCUGCUGAAUAUAUAUGUAUUGUAAAUCCCUUUUUUAGUGUGGAAAAGUUAUUGCAGCUUGUUACUCUGAAUGGUUCUGUUUGUCACGCUUCUGCGUCUCUAUUAUGUGUGUUCAUGCUUGAUCUGUUUCAUAGUGCGCAGUUCCAGUUUCACAUUUGAAGGAAGCUUAUAGUUUCUUAUUUAUCCAGUAAUGAAGUAUUUGUCAGAUGAAGUGAUUGUAGUAAAGUUUCUGUUCUAGUUUAGUGCUUUUCCCUGACACUGAAUCCAAUAUUUAAUGGAAUUCGUAGGCACUUUAAUAGAACAACAGUCAGUUCUACUGCUACGUUUUCAGGGGGUGGAAUAAUAAUAAUACGCCGUGGAGGAACGGUAAUGGCUCAAAGCAGCUCUGAUGAGGAUACUGAUAUCAGUGAAUCUGAAAUCAGUGAGUACGAAGAUAAAUCCUAUGAAGAACUGAAAAGUGGAAGUCAGAAUUUAAAAACAUCGGAUGAGAGUUUCACUUGUCCGUAUUGCCCUAAAAAGAGAAAACGGGAUUAUUUAUACAAGGAGCUCCUUCAACAUGCUUCUGGGGUGGGUCAGAGUAGUUCGCAAAAGAGGAAAGCUAGAGACAAAGCUAAUCAUUUGGCUUUAGUGAAAUAUUUGGAAAAUGAUCUCAUGAAUGUAGAUGUUCCAUCAAAUGAUUCAAAACCGGAAGAUGAAAAUGAUUCUUCUGUUAAUUCUAAUGAUCAGUUUGUGUGGCCUUGGAUUGGAGUUGUAGUUAAUAUUCCAACCAGACGGACAGAAGAUGGACGUUGUGUUGGCGAGAGCGGUUCCAGGCUGAGGGAUGAGUAUAGAAGCAGGGGUUUCAAUCCAGUUAGAGUCAAUCCUUUGUGGAAUUUCCGGGGUCACUCUGGAACUGCUCUUGUGGAGUUCAAUAAAAGCUGGCCAGGCUUAGAUAAUGCAAUGGCAUUUGAAAGAGCAUAUGAAUUAGAUCAUCAUGGGAAAAAAGAUUGGUUUGCUAAUUGUGGGCAGAAGUCUGGUCUUUAUGCAUGGGUUGCCCGGGCGGAUGACUACAAAAUGAACAGCAUUUAUGGAGAAUAUCUGCGCAAGAUGGGUGAUGUCAAAACCAUAUCUGAGCUCAUGGAAGAAGAAGCUCGAAGGCAAGAUAAACUUGUAUCCAAUUUGAAUAACAUUAUUCAGGUCAAGAACAAGCACAUAAAAGAGAUUGAAGUGAGAUACCAUGAAACUACACACAAAAUGAACCUUGCUAUGAUGGAAAAAGAUAAUCUCAUUCAAUCUUACAAUGAAGAGAUACAAAAAAUACAGUCAACUGCCAGGGAUCACUUCCAGAAGAUUUUUACUGAUCACGAAAAGCUCAAAACGCAACUGGAGUCUCAGAAAAAUGAGCUUGAGUUACGGAAAAUUGAAUUAGAAAAACGUGAGGCACACAAUGAAAGUGAAAGAAAAAAGUUGGCGGAAGAAAUUGAGGAGAAUGCAACAAAAAAUAGUUCUCUUCAGAUGGCUGCUAUUGAGCAAAAGAAAGCAGAUGAAAAUGUUAUGAAACUGGCUGAAGAUCAAAAGAGGCAAAAAGAGCAACUCCAUGCUAAAAUCAUUCAGCUUCAGAAACAACUUGAUAUGAAACAAGAACUGGAGUUGGAGAUUCAGCAAUUAAAAGGAUCUUUAAGUGUGUUGAAGCACAUGGAAGAUGACGAAGAUGUUGAAAUUCUGAAGAAAGUAGAUAAUUUACAAAAGGAUUUAAGAGACAAGCAACAAUCACUUCAAGACCUUGAUGCACUUAAUCAAACACUAAUAAUUAAAGAGCGCGAGAGUAAUGAUGAGCUGCAGGAAGCUCGACAAGCAUUGGUUGAUGGAGUUAAAGAGUUACAACCUCUUGGAAAUAUUCGUUUGAAGAGAAUGGGGGAACUUGACACAAGUCCAUUCCUAGAGGCAAUGAAGAAAAAAUACAAUGAAGAGGAUGCUGAAGAGAGAGCUUCAGAACUGUGCUCGUUGUGGGAAGAGUAUCUGAAGGACCCAGAUUGGCAUCCACUCAAAGUUAUCAUGGUUGAUGGGAGAGAAAAGGAAAUUAUUAAAGAUGACGAUGAAAAGCUGAACGGGUUGAAAAAUGACCUGGGUGAAGGCGCAUAUAAAGCAGUGGUGGAGGCAUUGCUAGAAAUUAAUGAACAUAAUCCUAGUGGCCGGUACUUAACCUCAGUAUUAUGGAACUACAAACAAGGAAGGAGAGCAACUCUUAAAGAAGGAGUGCAAUUUCUGUUAAAUUAUUGGAAAAAACGCAAGAGGGGAACGACAUGAAGCUAAGGACUGUAUUUCCGAAAGGUUGAUGUUGGCUUCGGGAAGAGAAUUAUGCAUAGCAGUCUGUCUGGUAGCAUGCGUCCAUAUUGGGAGAGAGCAACAAACCUAGCAGUUGUGUAUCGUAUGUUAAGUUAUCUGUGAUAAUGCCAAACUAUUUAAUUUCACUUGGCACUUGGCUUCUGUGGGCAUGUUGCCGGGAAGCAAACUACAUUCCUAAUGGCGGUCUUUGCAAUCUUGCAUGGGAAAAGACAUUAAAGUUAAACUUCUAUGACUAUAUAUCAUUUGACUUUUAAUCUUAACUUUAUGAGUAAUUUAAGUUAAAAUUGUAUUUCA